UUCAGCGCGUAGUUAUCAUCGCUCUUCAAUUACUUCUGGGCACUUUGGGCCCCCUUGCUAAUACCAAAAUUUACCCAAGGCUGAUAGUCUUUAAUAUUACCUCGUCGGUGAAAGCGUUUGGUAAUGUUCGAACUUCGACUUGUACGUUAUCGUUUAUAAUUUAAUCGGUUAUUUACGGUGUGCGACUAAAUGUACAAAUAUAAAUUACAUGAUGAAUAAAUCUCAUUUAUUGGAGCUUUAACGUGCGUAACUUAGGUGACAUAUAAACGAAGAUUCUUCAACUCGGCAACGAAAGAAUUUAGCAGAUUGGAGAAGCACUUUCAUAGAAGAAAAAAAUCAAAUUUAACAUUAAUCAAUUUCUUAGCACGGCUUGAUAUGAUUACGUUACGAGGCAAAUUGAAGAAGGAUAGUGAUGUAGCAAAUUCAAAGAAUAGAGAUUUCAAUAAGCGAGUCUCUGUACGUGAUAAAUUACUGGUCAAAGAGGUGCAAGAGAUGGAACAGACGCUGCCAGCUACUUGUCAAGUUUCGUUCAACGAUCCACAUCGACUCCAUGAAUUUACGCUUUUAAUUGUACCAGAUGAAGGAUAUUGGAUCGGUGGUCGUUUCUAUUUUCAAAUUUACAUACCUGAGGAUUACAAUAUGGCGCCACCAAAAGUGAAAUGUCUAACAAAGUUGUGGCAUCCUAAUAUAAGUGAGGAGGGUGAUGUCUGCCUUUCUAUAUUAAGGCAAAGUAGUCUUGAUGGAAUGGGGUGGGCGCCGACUCGCAAGUUGAAAGACGUUGUCUGGGGUUUAAAUUCCCUCUUCACUGACCUCCUAAAUUUUGAUGAUCCUUUGAAUAAGGAUGCAGCAGAUCAAUUUAUUAAGGACAAAGAGUCGUUUCGAACUAAAGUUAGAGAUUAUGUAAUGCAAUAUGCAAAGAGAUGAUCUACAUUGUAACAUUUUAUGUCAAACAAUUAUGAAAUUGAUUGGUUUUGUUCUUUUUCUGGGUGAACAAGUGAUGUGAUUAAAAUUUUCCUUAGGAUAGUACAGGCAAUAGAUAAAAAGUUGCAAAAUUUCUUAUCUAUUGUGACCCUUUAUCUAUUAACUGUACAUGUUUUAUCCUAGUUUCACAAGUUUUGCUAGUCUAUUUUACUGCAGAGAGAUUAUCUUUUUCUGGAUCUGCAUAACUGAAUUAAUGGGUUGUUAUAGCGAAAUUUUGUUAAUGUGUAUACUAAUUAUACCAAUACUGAAUCUAAGAAAAGAGGAUUUUGGAAAUGCAUCACGUGUACAAUAAUGUUUGUCCUCUUCAGAAUAUUGUAAUGCUAACGCGGCAUCUGUAAAUAAAGUCGAUGUUUAAUAAUAU